AUGUUUGGCAGGGCAGGGGUGUGCACGGAGCAGGGUGGGACUAUCGACCUUAAAAUUUUUUCUACAGCUUCAAAUUUCUUUACGUCUACUUUGCAUUGGGCAGGACAAAGUGGCCUGCAACGAUGCAUAGUUCUGCCGGGAACCGGUCUGGACUCCACUGCUGGCUUGCCUCACCCGCUUUCUGGCUUUUGGGGUCAAGCAUACGGACCGACAGAAUUCAGUGGACGAAGAAUAAUCGAAAGCGUAUCUCCGGUGGAUGACUCCUGA